AUGGUAGCAAUUCGAAUUCCCGUUCUUAUACGCUACCUAGGCUUUGCAAAUAUUCACUUACCAUACGAUAAACUCAUACAUUUCGUUACCUUUUUUGUAUUAACCACGGAGUUCUAUUUUGUAUUUGAUACCAAACUUAAAUCGUUGAAAACUUUACGCUAUAUAACCUUAAGUAUUUGUACAAUAGCGGGUGGCAUUGGACUGGAAAUCAUUCAAAGUUUAGUGAAUCCAAAUAGAAUAUUCGACCCAUUGGAUAUUGCUUUCAAUAUAAGUGGAAGUUUACUUUCAGUUGGUUUAAGUUCAUGGUAUCAAUCAAGCGCUAUCAAAAAGUCAAAAGAGCAAAGAAAUCGUUACAGACAUGUUCCAGGCCAAGAACCUGAUAUUCCAACUCAUACAACUGCUCAUAAUUCACUGGAUGCUGACGAAGAAGGAUAUGUAUCCAUUCAAUUGAAUGAUACAGCUGCAGAUAAGUCAUAG